AUGAGCGAGGGGGCUGCCGGCGCCGCGGCGCCCGGGGCGGCGGAGGCGGCGGCUGCGGCGGGGGGCCCGGGCGGGGAUGGGGCCGGGGGGCCGCCGCGGGAGCUGCGCUGCAGCGACUGCAUCGUCUGGAACCGGCAGCAGACGUGGCUGUGCGUGGUACCCCUCUUCAUCGGCUUCAUCGGUCUGGGGCUCAGCCUCAUGCUGCUCAAGUGGAUCGUGGUGGGCUCCGUCAAGGAGUACGUCCCCACCGAGCUGAUGGACGCCAAGGGCGUGGGGCAGGACCCCUUCUUCCUCUCCAAGCCCACCGCCCCCCCCCGCGGCGCGGAGACCACCGCCGCCGCCACGCCGCGGCCGCCCAGCCGUGUCAGCCCCCGCCUCACCACCAUGAGCCGGGCUCCCCCGCGGCCCCCCGGCACCCGCGGCCCUGCGCGGGGCGGCCCGCGGCCCACCGCGGCCAGGCACCCCGUGUCGCCGCACACGGCACCGCCCGCCAGCGGCCCCCCCGGCACCGCCGGCCGCGGAGCCCGGCCGCCGCCCGCCGCCCCCAGCACCCCGCCGCUGCCCGCCUGGCCCACUGCGGCACACGCUACCUCCUCCUACAAGAUCUACGUCCACGACUCGGCGCCGUCCUGGACCUUGUCUCCCUUCCAGGAGUCCACCACCACCACGCCGGAGGCCAGCACGACCCCCAAAACCCACACUACAACGUAUUCCACGGAGCGAUCUGAGCACUUUAAGCCAUGCAAAGACAAGGACCUUGCAUAUUGUCUCAACGAAGGGGAAUGCUUUGUGAUCGAAACCCUAACGGGAUCCCACAAACACUGCCGGUGCAAAGAGGGCUACCAAGGAGUCCGCUGUGACCAAUUUUUGCCGAAAACCGACUCAAUCUUGUCAGAUCCAACAGACCAUUUAGGAAUUGAAUUCAUGGAGAGCGAGGAGGUGUACCAGCGCCAGGUGCUGUCCAUUGCCUGCAUCGUCUUUGGCAUCGUCGUGGUGGGCAUGCUUUGUGCAGCUUUCUACUUCAAAACAAAGAAACAAACAAAGCAAAUUCACGAACAGCUGAAGGAAACGCAGAAUAGGAAAACCUACAGCCUAAAUGCUUCCAGCAUGAUGGCAAAGUCGGAGUGUAUGGCACAAAGCCAAGUCCAGCUGCAAAAUUAUUCAAAACCAGAUAGGCAUCCGGGGCCUAUUCUGCACAAAGUUAUGGAGUCUAGUUUUUCAGGCCCUCAGUCUUUCCCAGAGGCCUUGUCUCCUGACAGAGGAACCCAGCCCAUCAAGCACCACAGAAGUCUCUCUUCAUGCUGCAGCCCAGGACAAAAAAGUGGGAUGCUCCAUAGAAAUGCCUUUCGGAGGACUCCUCCCUUGCCUCGGGGUAGGUUCAAUGGAAUUACAGGACCAGCAUAUCAACAGCUCGAAGAGUCCAGGAUCACAGACCAGGACACCAUACCUUGUCACGGGUAUUCAUCCAGUGGUUUAAAAACUCCUCAGAAUACUUCAAUAAAUAUGCAACUGCCUUCAAGAGAGACAACCCCAUAUUUUAAUAACGUGGAUCAGAAGGACUUGGUCGGCUAUUCCUCUUCAAGGGCCAACUCCGUUCCCAUCAUCCCGUCUGUGGGCUUGGACGAAGCCUGCAUGCAGAUGCAAAAUGUUCCUGAAGUAACAGGCAUCAAAUGGUGCAAAAACUCCUAUUCUGCUGAACUUGUCAAUGUGAGUUCCCCAGUCAGUAAUUGUCUAAUAGCAGAACAACACGAAGUGAAAAUAUUGCUAGAAACUGUGCAGGAGCAGAUCCGGAUCCUGACGGACGCGCGGCGGUCGGAGGACUUUGAGCUGGCGAGCGUGGAGGCGGAGAGCGGCGCGAGCGAGAACACGGCCUUCCUGCCCAUGAGCCCCGUGGCCAAGGCAGAGCGAGAGGCACAGUUUGUCUUAAAAAGUGAAACGCAAAGAGACUCGGUAUUGACCAAGUGA